AUGGUUGGGUUACAGAAAGAAUUUGGUUACGAUGAGUUACUUACUGUUGAGCCGGUGGGUCUGAGUGGUGGCUUGGCAGUGUUUUGGAAGAGUAGUUUUGAGGUGGAAGUUUUAGAGGCUGAUAAGAGGAUUAUUGACUUGAAGGUGAGGAUGGGUUCUUUGGUAUUUUUCCUCUCCUGCAUAUAUGGUGAUCCAGUUAGAGCUCGUAGGAAUGCUGUUUGGGACAGGCUCUCUACCGUUGGGAUGGUACGGAAUGAGCCGUGGGUUUUGGUGGGUGAUUUUAACGAAUUGCUCACUGCGGCAGAGAAGGUUGGUGGUCCGGAUAGACAUGACUCAACUUUCUGGGAUUUUCGGAAUCUGGUGGACAACUGCAAGAUUAAGGAAAUCAAAAGCUCUGGGAACUGUCUGUCAUGGUCUUGUAAGAGAGAUAAUGUUUGGGUGCAAUGCCGUUUAGAUCGCAGUUUUGGGAAUGAUGAAUGGUUCCGACUGUUACCCAGAGCUCACAUGGAGUAUUUGGAGAUGCUAGUCUCUGAUCAUAGACCCAUUUUGAUCAAAUUUGCAUUGGAGGAAAGAGAAAUGGGGAGAGGCCGCUUCGUUUUUGAUAAGAGGUUAGCAAAGCAGAAAGGCGUGGAGGAGAUAGUCAAGCUUGGUUGGGGGGUUGACGCAUCAGAAAACGAGACACCUUUGUUGGAGCCAAUCAACAGGUGUAGGAGAGAGCUCGCCAAAUGGAAGAGAGUUACGACUGUAAGUGCGAUGAGUAGAAUUAAAAGAAUCAAGGAGGCGCUGGAGAAAGAAAUAUCAAAGACAGCACCUUGCUGGCAGCGGUUGAAAAUGCUAAGACGAGAUUUGUGUAAAGCGUACCGUGAUGAGGAAUCCUUUUGGCGGCAACGUAGUAGGGUGAGAUGGCUUAAACUUGGUGACAGGAACACCAAGUACUUCCACCUCUGUGCCAAAGGUCGCAAGAACCGGAAUAACAUCCUUUUGCUUAAGGAUUCCCAGGGUAGAGAACACUUCUCUGAAGGAUCGAAGGGUAACAUUGCAGUGGAGUACUUUCGUGAUAUUUUUACAAGUUCAAAUCCUUGGGAAUUGGAAAGUCUGUUUGAAGGGUUUCAAAGUAGAGUGUCUCCUGCAAUGAACACGAUGCUGACGGCUCCAGUACUUUCUGAGGAAGUUAAGACUGCGGCCUUUUCUAUCAAAGAGGAUAGUGCUCCGGGGGCUGAUGGAUUAACGGGCACUUUUUAUAAGCGGUUCUGGUCUACAGUGGGGGCAACUACAAUCCGUGAGGUACAGGGUUUCUUUCAGACGGCGAUCUUACCCGCUGGUUGGAAUCAUACGCAUAUUUUCCUUCUGCCUAAAGUCACUAAUCCAUCAAGGAUGACAGAGCGGAGGCCUAUCAGUCUCUGCUCAGUACAUUACAAGAUCAUCUCAAAAAUUCUUUGCAAUAGGCUGAAAAGAAUUCUACCAGAGAUUGUCUCAGACACGCAGGGUGCUUUCGUUAGUGGGCGCCUUAUAACUGACAAUAUCUUGGUGGCACAUGAGAUGGUACAUGCUUUAAGGACGAAGGAUGGCAUCGACUCAAACUUCAUGGCCAUUAAGACAGAUAUGUCUAAGGCAUAUGAUCGCGUAGAGUGGUGUUUUGUGGAGUGUCUACUAGAGAGGAUGGGCUUUGAUAGGAAGUGGGUAACAUGGAUCAGCGCCUGUAAAGUUCAGAAGAGACUCAGAGGAGGGGGUUCGAAAAUAUUGUCUCAAGGAGGAAAAGAGAUUAUUCUAAAAUCUGUGGGGAUGGCUCUGCCAGUCUUUGCAAUGAGCUGUUUCCGGUUACCUAAAGAUCUCUGCGCUAAACUAACGAGCAUUAUGACUGAAUUUUGGUGGGGAGGUGAUGCAGAGAAAAAGAAAAUUGCAUGGGUAGCUUGGAAGAAGCUAUGCAAACCUAAGGAACUCGGUGGCAAGGGUUUUAAGGAUAUUGCUUGGUUUAAUCAAGCCUUACCAUCAUAUGCUUGGAGGAGCAUUAUGCAUAGUCGUGAGCUACUAUCACAAAGGCUGCUUAAAAGAAUUGGGAAUGGUAAGGAUACGCAUGUUUGGUAUGAUAACUGGAUCCUUAUGCCUAUACCUAGACCUCCUAGAUAUAGAACAGAUGAAGUAGACCUUACGCUUAAAGUCUCAGACCUUAUUGAUGAGAGGCAUGGAACGUGGGAUGUUCAACGGGUACGACAUCUGUUUGUAGGGGAAGAUGCCAACCAGAUUCUGGAAAUGAGGCCACAACUUAACCGUCAUGAUACAAUGGUCUGGGGCUUCAGCAGGAAUGCCGCACCCUCCUUGCCUCCUAUUGAGAAACGGCUCUGGCCUAAUUUAUGGAAAGUGAAGACGAUGCCUAAGAUCAGACACUUCCUAUGGAGAGCAUUAGCCGGUGCCUUAGCCGUAGCUGAAAGACUGAGAUCGCGAGGGAUCCCGGUAGAAACGACAUGUAAGUUAUGUCAUGCACAGCCUGAGACUAUUUGUCAUGUGCUCUUCCAUUGUCCGGUAGCGAAGGAGGUUUGGAGACUAUCAGAGUUUCCUAUGCCAGCAGCUGACUUCUCUACAAACUCGGUUUUCCUGAACUUUCAUCACCUGUUGGAGACAUGUAAGCGAAGUAGGUUGGAGGAGAGAACUCGCUUGGUAUUUCCAUGGAUUCUUUGGAACAUAUGGAAAUCUAGAAACAAAUUUGUCUUUCAACAAGUGAACGUAGGGGCAGAAGAGAUAUGGAGAAAAAGUCAGUUGGAGUUUGAAGCUUGGAAUGCAGCUAACGUGGGUGACAAGGAAGACAUUGAUGAGAAUGUGGGUGAAUAUGCUUUAGCUUGCUGGCGAAAACCAUGUCCAAGUUUCAUAAAAUGUAACGUUGGUUCGUCUUGGACAGAUGCAAACCGAAAUUGUGGGGUCGCUUGGCUGACACAGAAUCAUUUGGGUGUCUCGCUAAUCCACAGCCGUCGCUCAUACUCAAUGGUGGCAUCACAGCUAGAGGCUGAGUUGCUAAGUUUUCUGUGGGCCGCAGAGAGCCUAUCGACACUGCGACAUAAGAAUGUGGUGUUUGAAUCUUCAUCAUAUUUGGCGGGAGAAGCAGUUUUGAAUCCUGAUAAUUUUCCUAUGUUUCAUGGGUUGAUUGACGUGAUAAGAGAGAAGCUGUCUAGGUUACAACUGUGGUCUAUAGCUUAUGUACACAGCGGAGCAAACCAAUGCGCGGAGGCCAUUGCUCGCAGUGUGACAAGGGAUCAGCGGUAUGCUUCGUAUGUGGGGAAAGAUGGACCUUCUUGGUUAUUGCCUAUGAUUCAUGCAGAUGCUGUUCGAGCGGACAAUGGAUACUAA